AUGAAUUCAUAUGUCACCUUUAAAGUUUUGAGGAUCAUUCAAAUCAUCUUGAUUGUCCUUUGCGCAUUUCUAGAAAUCGUUGAAUACUCAUCAUUUCUCGAGUUUUAUGAAAAACAAGGUUACAGUAUUUCAGCUUAUUUCAACGCUAGAAUAACAAAAUCUACGAUAACUGAUGACGUAUAUUUUAAUGGAGUAAAGAUUUUGUAUUACAUGGUUAUAAUUCUAUCCAUAUUGGAUAGCGGAUUUUAUGUAAUAAGACUUCAUAAAGGCGGUCCGUUUAAACGUGACAUCACCGUCAGCGCGUUUUUCAUGGCAUUAUGGCUAAUAUCUGGGAUCGCAAAUAUUUUUCCAAUAUUUAAAGGUAAAAAAUAUAUUUGUAAUGAGCCGGCUAAAUCCAUCGCUAGAAUCCGCGAGUGUGAGAUGAAUGUGAUGAGCAUAUCAAUUGGUUGGAUCAAUGCGUUUCUUUUCUCCUUGACAACUUUGGUAGCAUUGAGAUUUUGGAAAAAAAGACAGGAAAUGUAUGUAGGUGAAAGUAGAGUUAAAGCUUUAGGUGAAGUGGUUUAUAAAUAUAAACCACGUCCUAAUACGAUCGUUCAACUUAAUGAACCUGAACAAGUUUUGAUUUACAAAACUUGUAAGUCUCUUAAUGCCUAA